AUGAUCAUCCGAGAAGGCUCUGUGGAUACCAUGUCCUGCUCCGUCCAGAAUGCCCUCCUCAGACAGGAGAAGGGGACAGGGAUUUCCACAGGAAAUCCCCCAGAAAUGGAGAAUUCCAUGGGGAAAGUCCUGGCCAGUAUACCCCUGGCCCAGUGUCUUCCAACUGCCUCGGGUGAGUUCUGCCAGUGGCCGAUAAGACAUUCAAAUGCGGCCUUUCUUUUGGAGGGUGGUGCCCUUCAACACCAAGUGUUGGAACUGAUCUUGGAGAAAAGUCCUCACCCUGUGCCUGGGGAAGCAGGAGUGAUGAAGAAAAUGGCAGGUUUCCCAGAAUCCUUCAUGUCCAGAUUCCUCCUCCUCCUCCUCCAGCUGCUCACACUGGGUUCAGCUCAGUUUUCUGUGAUUGGACCAGCUGAGCCCAUCCUGGCGUUGGAGGGGGGAGAUGCUGAGAUGUCCUGUCACCUGAACACUAAGGAGAGUGCUGAGGACAUGGAGGUGAGGUGGUUCCGAUCCCAGCUUCCUAACAUUGUGCACCUGUACCAGAAUGGAAAGGACCAGUUUGGAAAGCAGAUGGAGGAGUAUCGAGGGAGGACAGAGUUGGUGAAAGAUGCCAUGGAUUAUGGGAGCGUGACUUUGAGAAUACACCAUGUCAGAAUCUCUGAUGCGGGAAACUAUCACUGCAUUUUCAUUGAUGGCAGGGGGUAUGAUGACGAAGCCCCUCUGGAGCUGCAGGUGGUUGCUCCCCUCUUCCCGACGGCUUUAUCCUUGAAGGUGGCCCUGGGUGUGAACCUCCCCGUGUUGGGACUGCUGAUCGCUGGGGGCCUUUAUCUCAUCUGGAAACAGCACAGGGACAAAGAGAAACUCCUGAUCGAGCUCGGGUGGAGCCGGGCCCAGAUACACCAGACCAACGUCACUCUCCAUCCAGACACGGCGCAUCCUUAUCUCGUCCUGUCCGAGGAUCAGAAACGGGUGACAAUGGGACACACACUUCAGGACCUGCCCUCCAACCCGGACAGAUUCAGUCGUUCUCCCUGUGUGCUGGGCCGCCAGGGCUUCACCUUCGGGAGACACUGCUGGGAGGUGGAGGUGGGACAAGCGACUGUGUGGUACGUGGGGGUUUGUAGGGAAAAUGUGUGGAGAAAAGAGUGGAUCUCAGCGACCCCUGCGUAUGGAUUCUGGACCUUGGAGAAAGAUGGAGAUAGAUACUGGGCCCGCACUUCUCCCCUCACCCGUCUCCCCCUGACCAGAGCCCCCCUCCGGGUGGUGGUUUACCUGGACUACGAGGCUGGAGACGUCUCCUUCUACAGUGGCACUGACGGAUCCCACAUCUACACUUUCCCCCGCGCCGCCUUCUCGGGGACCCUCCGACCUUUCUUCCACCUUUAUCGCAUCGAUGACUCCCUGACCAUCUGCCCUGUGCCCGAUGGGGCUGAGGAGCCAUGUCGUCCCCCCGCCAGGGAGACCCCAGUGACCUCCCCCCCCCCCCCCCAAGGGGUGGGACCAGCCUCAGCCCCUGGGGAUGGGGUUCCCCUCCCUGGGGACGAUGCCCCAUUGCACCCCCCCCCCUCCCCAGCCCAGCCCCAGGGUCCCUCCUGCCCCUUAGGGAGCCGCCCGGCCCCUGCCCUCUGCUCCCUGCAGCUCCCCGGCCCCUCCCAGGGCUGCAGCUCCCUGUGUCCCCGCCUCCUCCGCUGUGGAAUGGGUGGGGAGGAAGAAGAAUGGGGAAAAUAG